AUGUUCGGAACUAAAUUCAUUUUUAAUAUUAUCAAAAAUAAAUUUAAUAGUUUAUCGACAAAAUGUGUAAAAUAUGUUAUAAAAAGUUAUAAAAGAACAUGCCCUCAUAUAAGUGAUUUCGAACCAUUUGCUUCUAUGUAUUACUUCAGCGGGUUACAUAAUUAUAGAAGCUUUUACCUGUUAGUAAAAAUCAACGAGAUAUUUAAUAUAAAUAAAUAUAAGCAUAUAUACAUUAUAUUUAGUACAGAUAAAUAUGAUUUUCAAACGGAUGAUAUUUCUACGAACAAAAAAAAUAGAAUCCAUAUUGACCAACGAGCGGACAUAAAAAUAAGGCAAUGCGACGAAACAUUAAAAAUCGAUUUAUUUACAAAAAAAUUAACAAAAAAAAUUCAUAUUGGUGAAGUAAAAAUAGAUAUUAAUUCAAGCAUUGUUGAGAAAUCAUUUCCUAAAAAUGAAUGGUUUGUCUGUUUCAAGGAUGGGCAAGAAGUUUGUAAAAUACAAAUGUCCUUUUAUCGAAUUUCAAAAUAUGCACGCCCAAAUGAGUGUCUUUUUAUACAAGAUGGAUUAGAAAUAUGGAAGAAUAAACCAAAAGGUUCCAAUAAGAAGACUAUAAAUUUAUACAAUAUUGAUAAAAAAUUUGAUGAUGAUGAUGAAAACUUAUUACUUCUAGAUAAUAAUACGGAUAUCAACGAAAUAAGUUUGAUGCAAAAACUUAGAUUAAUAAGUUUUGUAUUAGAACAAGAAAUCUUUGUGUUUGAUUUUUACGCAUAUGUUUCUAAGUAUAUGUCAGCAAAAGAAAUUAUGGGAGAGUGGUUCUUAUGCUUCUUAUGCUUUAAAGACAAUGUAGAUUAUGAUUCUAUAAAUAUAGAAACAAUAAUAGAAAGAAAUAUCCAUAGAGAUAUAAACAUACCUAUACUGAACAUCCAGAGAAUUGUUAUUGAUAAAAAUAAUAAUACAAAUGCUAGCAUUAUUUAUACAUAUGAAAAUGAAAAAUAUAAUUUAAGCAUCCAUUCAGAGAAUAAUCUUUCUUAUAUUAUUGAUGCGAUAACAAUUUUUACAAACGAACUAAAAGUUCUAAAGGAAUCUUAUGGAGAAAAAUUUAAUGCACGAAAAAAUAUAAUAAUGCAAGAAGCAACUAUGAAAAAACUAAUGGGAAAAAGAAGAGUUUCUUCCCCUCGAUAUCGACGUAGCUUACCGAAAAGUACCCACAAAAUGAUUAAAGAAAUGUAUGCCGAAAAAAAUAGUUACGAAGAUAUCCCAAAGAGAAAAAACAAUUUCCUAAAUGAUAUAUUACUAGAAAAUUGUUCUACUAGUAUGGUAGAUACAGCGAACGAAUCUUUGAAAGAUGAAAUCGUCGAAUCAAAAUUAGACAAAGAAAUAGAUAUACUAAGUGGGACAUCCACGGAUGCACUAAUAGAAGCAAUGUGGAACAAAGAACCAGGAAUAAAACAAGAAACUCUAAAUGAUUAA